UCAAAUCCCGCACAUUUCCAUGGAGAAGGGUCGGUCGAUUUCUCAAAACCCUCGUUUUUUUUCCCCAUUGCCGCUUUUGUCCGAUUCCUUCGGGCGAAGUCAUUUACGGUAUUCCCCGUCUUGCUCCCCACUUCGCGCGUUUCCUAUUGUUCAACCGCUAAGCGCCGGAUAUUUAAAGAGAAGGGGAAUUUAAAACUUCAAUUUUGGCCGUUUAGAGUAAGUCCGGUUACUGAUCAGCCUAUCAGAUAUCCAGAGGCCAAUGGCGGAGGGCGAAGCUUGCUUGGAAACUCCCCUGAGUAGAGCGCAAGAGCCUCUUGUCAGGAUGACCGAGGCUUUCUUACGGGACGAUGUAGAAAUCAUAACAUCAGGUUCCUCAAUCCACAGUGGUUAUUGGAACUUAGAGACAGCGGCAAUUUCAUCUUUUCAAACAAGAAAAGAGAACUCUUGUACCUCUACUGAGGAGAACUCUUGUACCACAAAUAAUGAGGAGUCAAGCACGGACCAUAACAUCACAGAGUAUCUUUGCGUGGAAGAUUUGGAGUCGGCUCAGCAGAUGCAUGCCUUUGGGCUUCCACUCUCCUUUGGAUCGAGCAAAGCAAGGAACAAUGCAACUUCCAGAUCUAAAAGAAAUGGUUUGAAGCCAAAUUCUGCACGUCAGAAAAAGGAGAGAAAUAACUCAAUUCCUCAAUUCAUGGCAUUCGGUCAAAUGGAGAACCCUUCUUUAUUAACUUCUUUGCAUGUUGGCAAAGAACACAGUUGGGGUGAUUUUCAUAUUGAUGAAUCAAAAAAUAUAUGUGCUUUAGGUAUCAGAAAUGAAACUGGUACGAAACAGGUUCUGAAUAAAGUGAGCGAUGCAAUUAGGGAAGGCCUUCUUAAUUUAGAGUUUUCGCUUGAUACAGUUAGACUUGAGUCCAAUGUUGAAGUUUCAAGUUCGUUAAGUUUACAUUCUGACAACCAUCCUGAAGAAACUUUGGAGGAUACUUGCUAUCAAGCUCAAUGUCAAGUUGAUGGAGUUUUAUUGAAUAAACAUGAUCUCGACAGAUGCUCAGUUAAUUCAUCUACAUCAUAUUGUCAUAUGCAUUUGAAAUGGGACACACAAACUUUGCAGAGUUCUAUCUCAGCAGAGCCUUCACUCCACUUUUUGGAAGAUCACCAUGAUAACUUCAUUUGUUGUGAAUGGGUGGGUUGGAUGGUUUUUUGGGAUCCUUUCUACAAGAAGCAUUUCUUCUACAAUUUUUUGUCAAUGGAAUCAACAUGGCAUCUGCCUCUGGAUAUGAAGAACUAUGCAUUUGUUUGUAUCAACUUAAGCAGAACAGAUACGCAUGAAGCUGCAGCUGAGAAAGAUGCAGGGGGUGAACAUUCUCGUGAUUCCAACAGUGUUGUAAUGGAUUCGUUGACUGAAAUUGGAGAUAGCUUUUGUAAUACUGACGAACAACCUGAUGCUGUGCUAUCUGUCAAAAUUUCAGCUAAGAUGGAAGCAGAGAUUGACUUCUCUUCAAACUAUACUACUAAUGUCGGUGGGAAUUCAAAUGUGCAAUUUUCACUUUGUCCAUCUCAUGUAACAGAUGAUAAAAAAGAUGAAGAAAAUGAAUGCACGGAUCUUCAUGAGCAAAAAGAGAAGCAGCAGGAUGACAUUUUUGGCUCAUAUUAUGGACAUGAUCGCGCGACGACAAUACUAAAUAAAAAAGGACAUUCAUUUAAUUUUCCAGAGGCUUGCACGAGUUCCACAUUUGGAGUGAAUAUUCCUCAUGAAACUGUUGCUACAAACAAGAAAAGGAGAGUUAGAAAAUCACAGGACGUGCAACAACUCACGCAAUGUCAUUCUGAUGGUUUAUUCAAGUACUGGUGCCAAAGAUACUCCUUAUUUUCUAGAUUUGAUGAAGGUAUAAAAUUGGACGAGGAAAGUUGGUUUUCCGUCACACCAGAGCAAAUUGCAAAACACCAUGCAAUUCGAUGCAGUACUGGAAUUGUAGUCGAUUGCUUUGCUGGCGUUGGUGGAAAUGCAAUUCAGUUUGCCAUGAGGAACAAUAAUGUCAUUGCAAUUGAUGUUGACCCAAUAAAAAUUGACUAUGCAAAGCACAAUGCAGAUAUUUAUGGAGUGAGCGCGAGGAUUGAUUUCAUAGAAGGUGAUUUUUUCAAAAUAGCCUCUAGUUUGAAGGGCGAUGUUGCUUUUUUGGCUCCUCCUUGGGGUGGUCCAAGUUAUUGUAAACAGCCGAUUUAUGACCUGAGAUCACUUAAACCUCAUGACGGGUUUUAUCUUUUUAAAAUUGCAAGCUUGAUUGCUCCUAAAGUCGUGAUGUUUCUUCCUCGAAAUGUUAAUAUAAAUCAAUUGGUAGAGCUUAUGCGAUCAGUUGAUCCUCCAUGGAACCUUGAGGUGGAGAAGAAUUUCUUAAACGGAAAGCUUAAAACGAUGACAGCCUACUUUGAUUGCCCUACAAAAUGAGUUAAGAGAAAUUUCUGUAAAUUUAAUCUUUCAGGUGGAGAAGAAUUUUUUUGAACGUAGAGCUUAAAAAGAUCACAGCUUACUUUGGUUGCCCUACAAAAUGAAUUAAGACAAAUUUCUGUAAAUUUAAUCUUCCAGUUAGUUGUUUGUUUCUGUUUUUAUGUUAGAAAUGUAGUUCUUUAGUCCAUUGUAUUUAUAGAAAAGUAUGGUAGUUGUGCAAGGCUUUUAUGCUGUAAGAAAAGUUGAUUUGACUAGAAUGUAUUUCAAACUAUGAUUUAAUUUGAGGCAUCAUCCUACAUGAAAAA